AUGGAGAAGAGGUUAUACAGUGAUGAUGAAAGUGAAGAUGAAGAAGUUACUCUGAUUCCCCCCAAACCUGCCACGAGGAAUAGAAAGGCUGAUGCUACUCUUAAAGAAGCAGCCAACUUGAAGAAGAAGCUUGCUUAUGAAUCGAUUCCGGCCCGCAUUCUUACUCCCCCAUCCGCGACCUCAAGUCCUCGAGCUGACACACCUUCUCCUCGGGCUGACACACCUUCUCCUCGGGCUCCAACACCUACUGAGAUGAUAGCGAUGCAGGAGACUGUGGGGGAUGAUGAGAAGGUGAAUGAUGGGACUGAUGGGAAAGACGAUGUAAUGGAGGACAAUGAGAAGGUGGAGGAAGAACAAAAAGAGGACGUUGAGAAGGUGGAGGACGCACAGAAGGUGAAGACCGAUGAGAAGGUGGAUGAUGAUGAAAAGAUGGAUGAGAAGGUCGAUGAUGAAGAGAAGGUGGAGGAUGAAAGAAAAGACAACGAUGAGAAGGUAGAUGAUGAUGAGAAGGUGGAGGAUGAACGAAAAGACAACGAUGCGAAGGUGGAGGACGUAAAGAUAGAGGUUGAGGCUAAAUUGGAGGACGGUGAGAAGCUGGAUGGUGUGGCUAGGGUGGAUGAUGUGGAGGUUGAUCUGAAACUGAAGGAUUUGAAAGUGAAGGUGAAGGAUGAGAAGACUGUGGGGGAUGUGAAGGCAAAUGAUGACAAUGAUGACAAUGACGAUUUCCAGUUAUACAAUACUCCUCCUAAAGGAAAUUAUGGGAGGAGAGUGAGGAAGCCGAAAAAAGAUGACUCGUACACCAACCCUUCCUUGUCAAAAAUGCCCAAGACAAAGGAUCCUAUGAAAGUGAAUCACCUUCAAAAAUUUGAUGAUGAGCUACUUCAUAAAGUUAAGGCGUGGUUGGAUGAUCCAAAAACCGAUAAUUCGACAACGGAUUUACAUACGGUUCAAGCAAAGAAGGAAGUGUUGGUUAGAGUUGUAACAAGGCUUACAUGGAUUGAAGACACGGAAAUGGAUGCAUUCUGCCAUCUUCUUCGGAAAAGGAUUUCCUGCUAUCCCAAGACAUAUAAAAAUACACAUGCGGCAAUUGGGGAUUGCGUAUUGUCGGAUAGAAUCAGGCGACUGCACAGGGAUUUUAUUAAGGAUCCUGCCAAAUUUCCAGUCGACGAAUUCAAAGACUAUUAUAUGGGCGCACCACAUAGAUAUAUGCCAGAAUGGUCAACAAUUGACGAUGUCUACAUGCUAGUGAACAUUAACCAGAAACACUGGAUUUUGUGUGUAGCACGUCUUCAAAAGUACCGCAUUGAAGUGUACGACUGUGAUGCCUAUCUUUAUAAGAAUCUGAAUCCUUAUUUGAAACCCUUCUGCGACAUGAUUCCAAUUAUAUUCGCCAAAACAAUCACUCCCGGUGAGAGGGUAAGGUAUCCUAAUUUCAACUUCGAAGGCCCCAUCCAACCAAUGACUUACAAACGGUUUCCACACCCCAAAGUGAAAACCGCUGCUGCUAAGGUUGGAGAAGUCCCACGGGCAACAGAGAGCGGGGACUGUGGGGUCUUCACGCUAAUGUACAUGGAACACUUGACCGCUAAUCAACCCGUGCACAAUGUGACCUCAGAAAACAUGGGGUUUUUUAGGCAGAAGAUGGCGGUCCGGUUAUUCCAUCAGAUUAUGGAACCUUAA